AUGUCCCCGCAACCGCCCCUGUUCACCCAGGACGCGUACUCCGAUGUGCUUAUAGGCAUAUUCGACUGCCUGACGCUCAAGGAGGUCGUGUCCUUCAUCCGAGUCAACAAACAUGUCCACAAUGUCUUUAGGACAUCCUCCCGCCUCCAACUGUCCCAUACCCAAAGGCUCUUCUCUGUCCCUCCCUCCACCUUCCGACAAGGUGCCACCCCAGCCGACAGCCUAGCCGCUCUCAAGGAGCGGCAACAACGCAUGGACGACUUUGAUCCUUCAAGUAUCAUUUCUAUCCAGCAGGACCGGUAUCAUGAGCUAGUCGCCCUUGAAAAUGGACUACUCGUAUUCCAUAGCGAGGUUGGCCGUGAGACAGCCGGUGAGACUUGCUUUGAUGAGUCGUCUGAAGGGUGGGAUGUCUACCGUGUGGAUCGAGGAGCUUCGGACAUUGACUCCUUGAAUCGCGGGGCAGUGAGGGACCAAGGUCUGUGGCACUGGAAGACUCGUACAUCGGCAGAGUUCUAUCACAUCGAGAUGUGCGGGGAGGAUAAUCUCGUCGCUUUGAUCUUCCGUCCUAUGAAAUCCCAAUCGUAUUCCACCAAUCUCUCUCUUCGCGUCGAAUUCUACUGCGCUCUGCCUCCUCUCGGCACUCCUGCCCCCAUCGAUGGUUUCCUGGAUCCAAUCCCCCAUCCUGACGCCCCUAUCCCUUUCAUCGAACUUAUUUUCCCAGUCGAGUAUGCUAAGGCAGCGGCGGACUUGACAUUCGGCCCGGGAGGGCAACUUGCUGUCCUGAUGAAUGACCGUGAUUCGGAGAAGACGAUCUUCGGGGGUGUCUGGGAUUGGAAAAAGGGUGUCUGUCUCGGUUCCAUCCCAAUCGCGGAACAUCAGAUCAUAUCAACUGUCAGCCCCUGCGGCCCCUUUGCGUUCACUGCAUCCACCCGACCCGUCCCAGCCUCUGUCGAACCAGGUCUCUACGACAAAGCGCUAUGCGAUUUCGGUCCUCCUCCUCCGGAUGACUUUCCCGAGGAGCUCAAGGGGUUUGUGCAAUGCAGCUUUGACGCGCAUAUCCUCCUUCCUCCCUCCCUAGGCUUUCCACCGGUAAAGCCCGACCCGGCGAAUGACUAUGAGUAUGCGCAGACGUACCCAACUAUGGGCUGCAGCUGGUACAUGUCUGACAUCCCGUCUGCCAUUCCAGUAGUGAGAUUCGACCUGCCAAUCGAGGACCUUCUUCCUCAUACACUGGCUAUGGCUUAUGAGCCCGAGAGUUUCAACAUCCUCCAAUUGCGAUAUUCUCCUUCGAUCCACGAAUCCGACACUCUUGGGAUCUUCACCUGGGGGCUUGAUGACAUGUCCAAUGUCGCCGACCUCUCCUCACUUCUCGAUCGAGCUUCGGAGUUUGCCUUUCGGAUGAUGGUGGCGGAGAUGCCGCGCAUGAAGAAAGAGGACGUCCUUCGACUGGUGGACUUGGCAUCAUUUGAGACGGGAGCGAGGACCGCCAUCGUGGCAAAGGCGGCGAAGGCUCUGGUCCUGAUGAGAUAUCAUGGGAGAUUGACGGAGGGCGGAGUAUGGAGUCCGUCUGGGAGUGGGCGGGGGGUCAUGCCCCAAGAAGGCAGUGAAGAGAUGGAUGAGGCCGACGACAGCUCUGAAACCUUUGUCGACACCACUGCUGGCAAGGACUUUGUGAGAUUUCUCGAGUCUCGCUAUUACGGUCGCCAACCCAGAACCAACUCCAAACUCGACAUCCGGUCCCCCGACACUGUCUCUCCUCUCCAGCCUAUUUCAACUUUCGAUUCUCCAUCCCAUGACCCAGACCAAGCGCCCCUUCUCCCACAAGACUUGCACCAAGUCGCCGACGGCUCGCCAUCCCUCGCUGCCAUCCCUUCUCUCCCUUACAAAGAGUGGAUGAGCGCCAAUCACCUACGUUUGGGAAUCGAUUUUACCCUCUCUGCCAUGUAUGGCACGAGGGAAGUGAGGAUCGUGCCCGCACCUCGGGAGAACAUGUUGGAUGUGUUUGAUGGAGAGGAGGGAGAGGGAGGCGAGGAGGGAGAGAUGCGAGGCAAGCUGAAAUAUGUUCUCAGCUUGAGCGACUACAACGAGAGCUCCCUUCCUGAUGGUGUUUGGGCAAAGAGAAGGAUCGCUGGAGCACGUCGGCGAGAGCUGGGGGCGUUCAAGGCGUUGCUGGGCAGUAUCACCGAUACCGACGACCCUGUUGCUAUCGACGCUUGCAGAGAUAGAAUCCGCCACAAGCUCUCAGGGUUCAUCCACCUUCUUGCCCAGGUCGACUCUUGUCUCGAGGUUGAACGAGAAAAGAUGCUUUCAAAGAUAGUGGAGCUCGAUGAUACCCUCGGCGACGACGAAGAUCUUGUCGAUAUGGAUGUCGUGAGGAUGUUCGAGGCUCAGAAGAGGAAUGUGAUUCUGUUGGGAGGUCGAAGGGCAGAGGUGGAAGAGAGGUUCCAGUCUUUCAAGAACUUGCUGGUGGAAUUCGAGGCGACGGGAGUGAGGGUCGAUGUCGAGGAGUGCGACGCACAAGCAAGCAGAAUGGAGGCGGGCGAUUCGACGACAUUGGAAUCUGAAUUCGAGCUUUCCAUGGAGGAUCAGAGCGGAUGA